AUAAAUUUUUAGUUUGUGCUUUUCAAACUUUGCGUGCAUGUGAAUUGACUUGGCAACGUUGUAAAUAAUCAGCGCCCCUGGCGGACUCUUGGCGAGUUGUUUUCAGUCUUCUAUUUCCGUAAUCUGUCAAGAUGAAGAUCGGACUUUGCGCGUACAGCGGAUACAAAAUUUAUCCUGGCCAUGGCAAGACCCUGGUCAAGAUUGACGGAAAGUCGUACACAUUCCUCAGCUCUAAGUGUGAGGCUGCACACUUAAUGAAGAGGAAUCCACGUAAAGUUACGUGGACCGUGCUCUACAGACGUAAGCACAAGAAGGGCCAAGAAGAGGAGGCGCAGAAAAAGCGCACACGUCGCACGCAAAAGUUCCAACGCGCUAUUGUCGGUGCUUCGCUGAAUGAUAUCCUCGCCAAGCGCAACCAGCGCCCUGAGGUAAGGAAGGCACAACGUGAACAGGCUAUUCGCGCCGCCAAGGAGCAAAAGAAAUCGACGAAGGUUGCGAAGAAGCCGGCGGCGGCCACCAAGGCCAAGGCCGCUCCUAAGACGAAGGCAGCCAAGAACGUCGCAAAGGCUGCACCACGAGUGGGAGGAAAGCGUUAAGUUAAUCAUAUUGUGCAUAAACAUAAAAAUUUAAUAAAAAAAGAUCCACUCAA